AACGAAGGGAUAGAAGACGAUAUGGUUUGAGGAGUCCAGAUAAAAAGGCGCCAAAUCAAUAAACCCUCCCAGAUCCAUACUAAAUUUGCCCUCACUUCCACCACCGCCAUCACCUGUUACAAAUUUACAAUGGGCAAGCAAAAACAGCAAGUAAUAUCCCGCUUCUUCGCUCCCAAAUCCAAAAUCCCAUCGAGUCCUGCUCCUCCUCCGUCUUCUUCUUCAACCCCACCUCCAAAAAUCUCAGCCACAGUCACUUUCUCUCCCUCCAAACGCCGCCUUACCUCCCGACUCUCCUCCCCAAAUUCCAAACCCUCAAAGCUCCCCAAACUCUCCCCCCACACCCACAAUGCCAUCCCCCCUCUCCCGAACCCCUCCCUCCACGAAAAAUUCCUCCACCGACUACUAGAACCUUCCACAACAUCUUCAGAACUGUCAUCUCAAAACCCGAAACCAAACCCGACCAAAUACACUCCCUUAGAACUACAAGUCGUGGACCUUAAAAAUAAAUACCCUGAUGUUCUUUUGAUGGUGGAAGUUGGUUACAAGUACCGGUUUUUUGGCGAGGAUGCCGAAAUUGCGGCAAGGGAGUUGGGGAUAUAUGCCCAUUUGGAUCAUAGCUUUAUGACGGCGAGCGUGCCUACUUUUCGAUUAAAUGUCCAUGUGAGGAGGCUUGUGAGUGCUGGGUAUAAGGUUGGUGUGGUGAAGCAGACCGAGACCGCGGCAAUUAAGGCGCACGGGGAGAACCGGCUGGGCCCCUUUUGCCGGGGAUUAUCAGCAUUGUACACUAAGGCGACGCUAGAGGCAGCCGAGGAUAUGGGGGGAGGGGAGGAGGGGUGGGGAGAGAGUAAUUAUUUGGUUUGUGUUGUGGAGAAGGGUGUGCUAGAAAAGAAUUUGGAGUGUGGAGUGGAGAGUGGGUUUGAUGUGACAAUCGGCAUGGUUGCGGUGGAAAUAUCUACGGGAGACGUUGUUUAUGCGGAGUUCAACGAUAAUUUUAUGAGGUGUGCGCUUGAGGCUGUGGUUUUAAGCUUGUCACCUGCAGAGUUGCUUCUUGGCAAGCCUCUCUCUCAGCAAACGGAGAAGUUGUUACUUGCUUAUGCUGGACCCUCUUCAAAUGUUCGUGUGGAGCAUGCCUCAGGAGAAUGCUUCAUAGAUGGAGGUGCGCUUGCUGAAGUGAUGUCUUUAUACGAGAACACGAGUGAAGAUAAUUUAGUAGAUCAUCCAUAUCAUGCAAUACAAAGCACGAAGGUCACAGAGCAGGGAAACCAUCGCCUGACAAUUGAGGGGAUUAUGAACAUGCCAGAUUUGGCUGUCCAAGCACUGGCCUUAACCAUUCGGCAUCUAAAGCAAUUUGGUUUUGAGAGAAUCUUGUGCCUGGGAGCUUCAUUUAGGCCCUUCUCAAGCAAAAUGGAGAUGACCUUCUCAGCCAAUGCACUUCAACAAUUGGAGGUUUUGAAGAACAGCACCGAUGGGUCCGAGUCUGGCUCCUUGCUGCAGUUCAUGAAUCAUACUCUUACUAUAUAUGGUUCAAGACUUCUUAGGCACUGGGUAGCGCACCCUUUAUGUGAUAGGAACAUGAUUUCUGCUCGUCUUGAUGCUGUUUCUGAGAUUGCAGAAUCGAUGGGGUCUUCUAGGGCUUUGCAAAAUAUUCAAGGGUUAGAUGGGGAAAAUUCUGAUACCACAGUUGUACAACCUGAGUUUACUUAUCUACUUUCUUCAGUUUUGACAUUGUUGGGGAGGUCACCCGAUAUUCAACGUGGUAUAACAAGAGUCUUCCACCGGACUGCCACCCCGUCCGAGUUCAUUGCAGUCAUCCAAGCUAUUCUAUGUGCUGGAAAACAACUUCAGAAAAUUCACCUUGAAGAAGAGGAUAACGUCAAAAAUAUGCGAGCCAAUACUGUGUACUCCAAGCUGUUGAAAAAGUUGAUUUUGACUGCUUCAUCAUCCAUUGUAAUUGGCAGUGCUGUGAAAUUGUUGUCUACCCUUAACAAAGAAGCAGCUGAUCAAAGAGAUCUAAAAAAUUUAAUUAGCACAUCUAAUGGUCAAUUUCCUGAGGUUUCUAGAGCCCAAAAAGAGGUUCAUAUGGCACAGGAGAAAUUGGAUUCUCUGAUUGAUUUGUAUCGCAAGCAGCUUGGAAUGCGCAAAUUGGAAUUCAUGAAUGUGUCUGGAACAACACAUUUAAUAGAGUUGCCCUUAGACGUGAAGGUACCCUUGAAUUGGGUUAAGGUAAAUAGUACCAAAAAAACAAUACGCUAUCACCCACUGGAAGUGUUGACUGCUUUAGACCAGUUAUCGCUAGCAAAUGAGAAGCUGACAGUUGCCUGCCGAGCUGCUUGGGAUAGCUUUCUAAGGGAAUUUGGUAAAUAUUAUGCUGACUUUCAAGCUGCUGUUCAAGCACUGGCUACUUUGGAUUGUCUGCAUUCCCUUGCCAUUCUUUCCAGAAAUAAGAAUUAUGUUCGUCCAGUUUUUGUCUAUGAAGAUGAACCUGUUCAAGUACACAUCUCUUCUGGUCGUCAUCCGGUUUUGGAAACUAUGUUACAAGACAAUUUUGUUCCAAAUGACACGAAUUUGAAUGCAGACGGUGAGUAUUGUCAGAUUGUUACUGGACCCAACAUGGGUGGAAAGAGUUGCUACAUUCGCCAAGUUGCUCUCAUUGCCAUCAUGGCUCAGGUUGGUUCCUUCGUACCAGCAUCAUCGGCAAAACUCCAUGUGCUAGAUGGUAUCUACACCCGAAUGGGUGCUUCUGACAGUAUCCAACAAGGGAGAAGCACCUUUCUAGAAGAGUUGAGUGAGGCUUCAAAUAUACUCCACAAUUGCACAGCACGUUCAUUGGUUAUCAUUGAUGAACUUGGGAGAGGCACAAGCACACAUGAUGGUGUAGCUAUUGCUUAUGCUACAUUGCAUUAUCUGCUAGAGCAGAAAAGGUGCAUGGUUCUCUUUGUCACCCACUACCCUAAAAUUGCGGAUAUUAGAAAUGAAUUUCCUGGCUCUGUGGGGGCAUACCAUGUUUCAUAUUUGACUUCGCAUAAAGACAUGGAUAUAGAAGACUCAAAAUCUGAUCAUGAAGAUGUGACUUACCUAUAUAAGCUUGUGACUGGCGUUUCAGAGAGUAGUUUUGGUUUUAGGGUUGCACAGCUUGCACAGCUACCUUCAACAUGUAUUAGUCGAGGCAUUAUCAUGGGUUCCAGGUUAGAAGCACUUGUAAACAACAGGGCAGGAAGUAGAUUGGGAAAAAAGCAUCUCCUUGAGAAACUCCUUAUUGAUAAUGACCCACAAACACAAAAGAAAAUGUUGGAAACUCCAGAGUGCUUCCGUCCUGGAGGGACAUGGGAUUUAGAAGACGUCAAUGUUGCAUACAAGGGAUUCUUUUCUAGCUUGAAAGCAGCAGUAUCUGAUGAUGAAGUUGCAAGAAGCAUCCAGCUUUUAAAUGCUAGAAGCAUUGCAAAGGAUUUAGUAAGCAGUCGGUGGGGAGAAGGGUACUGGGUACUAGCAUCAUAUAGGAUGCACCUUAUCAAAUUUGUUUUCCAAGGUACAAGGCCAUUCCUGAAAAGUGUUUUUGAGAUGGCAUGUCUCAUUCUACGGCAAGGAGAGCUAACAGUCCAGCAAUGGGGGCAGAGUUCACGUGAAAUUCUUCAAUUUUGUAGGUAAUAGUUUUGUGUUAAAAAUGUCUUUGGAGAUGGCAUGCAUCAUUCUACUCCAUUUCUGUUGCCUCUUUCCGUCCUCACUCUCAUUCAUUUCUAUUUCAUAUCCAUGUGAGUUAUCAUUUGAUGUAAAUAUCACAAGACUCCGAUGUAACCCGAAAAUGUAAUUGGUGAAACUUAAAUGUAAAUUAGUAUAUGCAACAGAAAAAAAGGGAAUUCCUUCUUCAUUUCUCUCAUUUUCUUUUUGGGAGGG